AUGCCGAGAGCUAAAAGCCAACCUGACCCUGAUGAAUCGGUAGAGAUGAUUUCUGAAGAAAGCGGUUUACGUAAAUCGCCUAGACGGAAGAACCCCACUGAGAAAGUUGCCAAACCAGUGAAGAAGGAAACGAAGAAAGCACCUCCAAAGAAACGUGCCACAAAGAAGAAAACAAAGGAUGAGUAUGGGUUGCCUCAGGUUCUGCCGUCAAGGAAGGUUCCUGAGCCGGUGGAGUUCCCAAAGCUGUUGUCUAGGGUCCCUUCAUUGAACCAUCCAUCUUCAGCUUCAGCUACUCCUGCUCCAAGAGGCAAAAUCACAGAACAGGAUAUAGUGCUGGCUACGUCUAGCAAUGAUCUUUUGGGUUAUAUCAAUACGCUUGUUGGCAGCGACGCUGAGGCUCAUUUGAGAGAAUAUAAGCGUACCGCUGAACUACAGAUUGAGAACGAUGCCAGCCUUAUACGUCAAUUGAAGACAGAACUCCAGAGGAAACAAGACCUGAUAGAUACCCUUACCAGACAAGUGCUGCGACUACAAGAUAAUGGCUCAGCUUCCUCUCGUGACGCCCAUGCUACUCCUCAGAAAAGACUGGCUGGUGAAAUGUACCAGCUGCCUAUCAGAACCAGCUCUGCUUCUACCCUGAUGAUCAGCCUGGAAGACUUAGCGCUGGAAUUGAAGACUAUCGGAGUUACUCUCGAUAUGCUUGAGCUUCUUACUGGCGUGAGAAUAACGAAUUACGAGGAGGACAAGGACAAAUUCCACUUUGAAGUGAAACAAUCAAGUACCAAUGGCGAGGACGAUCCUAGUACUAUUACAGUGGAGUACAAACUCGUUAUCAAGAAACUGUUCGAACAGUCUGCGGAAGUUAACUAUAUCCCUACUUUCUUAAAGGAAGUGCCUACGUCUGUGAAGAACAGAUUAAGAAAAAACCUUCCUGACUAUUUACAAGACAGUCUUUCAGUUCUAUGCGAAGAUGAACCGUGCCCUCAAUAA